UUUCACCAAUACUGGAGAAGGAUGUAUGCAUUCUUCGCUCCCUUUUAGAGAACUCGUGAACAGAGUACCUCACGUUUCUCUAGAAUACAUCAAAAACUCUCACCUGAUCAGUAUGUAGCUGGUUUUGAUCCUGAUUUCAUGUGGAAUGCUAACAUCCAAUACAUAGAUACGAAAGUGUCACGUUUAGUACACACUCUGUUGCGACGACUACAGGUAGCACUCAUUGGGAUUCCAUACCCAGCAGAAAUUAGAGACUACAAAAUUACCUGUCAUAGCAACCAGAGCCUGAAACAUUACCUGCCAUAGCUUUGAUUUUGUUCAAAUCGUUCAUAAAAAACUAUGACAGACUUAGAUGUCGCCAUCACCCUUACUGGCAUCAGCAUCAUUAUCGCAGCCAUCUUGUACGGCUUAUGUCGAUUACUCGGUGGCUGGACAUGGCUACGCACUUGGUUGACCGGAACUAAGGAGGAAACAGCACAUCUGACGAAAAGCGAAGACUUUGGUAUGAAGGGUUAUAGCAAUAUGGUAGAAUCUGAGUCUGACCUGGCACUAGACGUAAGUGGAAACUACAAGCACUAUGAUAACGUCACAAAUGACGUGAAGAUGGUAGAUGAAAUCAAACCUACGGAAGACAAAACUGAUUCAAUACCGCUCAUGCAUCGACCUCGUACUAAACCCUGUCAGCCAUCUACACCUGAACCUUCAGAUAUCCAAGCGCCACCUACCGAGAAGAAUAUUAGACAGCCCUCUAGUGGUAGCGAAAGACAAAAUAGUCUAGAAUCUUUUCUACCUGAUGUUCUAGAUUUUGAUAACUCAAGUACCAAACUUCAGAGGGCGAUAUCGUGCGACAGUGUUAGCUCUGAUACGUCCGUUGUAUUAGAAACAAUGGAAUCACCUCAGAACAAUGGUGAACUGGAAAUAGGGUUUGAAUACGAUAGUGAAACUGAAGAUCUUAUCGUCAUCGUUAACCAAGCACGGGAUCUGGUUGGACCAAACCCUAACGUUGCUGUUGAUAGCUACGUCAGAGUAUUCCUGUUACCUGAUAAAACAACAAACAUGCAGACACGGGUUCAAAGACGUACGAAUGAUCCAAUUUUCAAAGAAAGGUUUCUGUUCGGUGUCGACAGUCGAGAACUCAGUCAACGAUCGGUGCUUUGUUACGUUUAUACAUCAGACAAAUACACAAACACUUUAAUAGGAGAAACAGAAAUAAAGCUAAUAGAUAUUGACCUCACAAAACCCCACUUACGUUGGAUGCCCAUCAUAGAUUCAAAUCAAAAACCAACAGAUCUCGGUGACGUCAUGUUCUCGUUGAGUUACUUGCCGACAGCAGAAAGACUGACGGUGGUAAUGGUCAAGGCAAGAAAUAUAAAGUUUCCAGCUGGUCAGGAAACUGGAUCUCCAUUUGUUAAGGUGUACCUUCUUCAGAACGGUAAGAAAAUUAGUAAGAAGAAAACAUCCAUAAAAAAAGACGAUAAAAAUCCCAUUUUUAACGAAGCCAUGAUUUUCUCCGUUCCAACCAAUGCUUUACAGCAAAAUAUUCAACUUCGCAUGACAGUGGCUGAUUAUCAUGGUGACGGUAAAGCGCCCUCUUUAGGACAUGUUUUUGUUGGUUCUCAAUGCCGAGGAAAAUCUUUGUCUCAUUGGAAUCAGAUGAUGUCUUCUCUUCGAAAACCUAUCGCCAUGUGGCAUCCUUUACGAAAAUGAUGAUUCUGGACUAAUACAAGACAAGUAUUGCAGAAACAAAUUAUCAGAAGCUAUUUUUAUUUCUUCAAAUCACUGUUUGCUAUAUGUUUUCUGCAACAAAUUGAAAACUUUACUACUUGUUUAGGUUGAAAAUCUUCUUGUUCUCAUUGUAUAAAUAGCCAGGUUAAGGUGCUCGCCCUUUUAGCCGUGGGGGCGUUAUAAUGUGACGGUCAAUCCAACUUUUCGUUGG